AAAACGCAUUGGAUAAGUUGGAUAAGUUGCUGCCAACGGUGGGUAGAAGCAACGGCGUGAACGCUGGAGGCAUUCGGCUAGUAACGGGAAUCAUCUGUUGCACGACCAGCUCGGCGUGACUCGCUGCUGUCUGAAAUCUCGGAGCCACAGCACUGUAGCUUGGUUACCCAGCUCAACCCUAUAAAAUGGUUCAAAAGAAGAGAACUGAAGUUACAGGAUUCCAUCGAUCUUACAAGGGUCAAAAUCCUUUCAAAUCGGAUGAAUUUACCAAAACGGACUCCCAUCUACUAGAACCAUCAUUUGAUUUAAAUUGCUCUUCGAGGCCUGACAUGCCAACCAGUCAGCCUAUUGAUAUCCCAGAUGCCAAAAAGAGAAACAAAAAGAAAAAAAGAUGCAGAGCCACUGACAGCUUCUCUGGACGUUUUGAAGAUGUGUACAGACUGCAGGAUGAAGUUCUUGGAGAGGGAGCUUAUGCCAUUGUACAGGCAUGCAUCAAUCUUAUCACCAACAAGGAAUAUGCAGUCAAGAUUAUAGAGAAGAGGGUGGGACACAGUCGCAGUCGUGUCUUCAAGGAGGUGGAGAUGCUCUAUCAGUGCCAGGGCCACAGAAACAUCCUGGAGCUUGUAGAGUUCUUUGAGGAAGAGGAUAAAUUCUACUUGGUUUUUGAGAAGCUAAGAGGAGGUUCAAUAUUGACUCAUAUCCACAAAAGGCAGCACUUUAGUGAGCAAGAGGCCAGCAUUGUGGUGCAGGACAUCGCUAGUGCUCUUGACUUCUUGCACAAUAAGGGAAUGGCACACCGGGACCUCAAGCCUGAAAACAUUCUUUGUGAGCACAGUGACAGGAUUUCUCCAGUAAAAAUCUGUGACUUUGACCUGGGGAGUGGUAUUAAGCUGAACAGUGACCGCUCCCCCAUUUCCACCCCGGAACUCCUGACUCCGUGUGGCUCGGCGGAGUACAUGGCUCCUGAGGUUGUGGAGGCGUUCAACGAGGAGGCGAGCAUCUAUGACAAGCGUUGUGACCUCUGGAGCCUUGGAGUCAUCCUGUACAUCAUGCUGAGUGGAUACCCACCUUUCGUGGGUCGCUGUGGCACAGACUGUGGCUGGGACUGGGGAGAACCCUGCCAUGCCUGCCAGAACAUGUUGUUUGAAAGCAUCCAAGAAGGCAAAUAUGAGUUUCCCGAGAAGGACUGGGCACACAUCUCUCCAGGAGCCAAAGAUCUCAUCUCCAAACUGUUGGUACGGGAUGCCAAAAACCGCCUUAGCGCAGCCCAAGUGCUGCAACACCCAUGGGUUCAAGGAUGUGCUCCCAACACUGUGCCAACAUCUCUUCUGCAUCAGAGGGGUGGCAGUGCCCAGGACCUGACAUUCUUUGCUGGACAGGCGGUGGCAGUUAACCGCCAGCUGGCUGAGCGGGAAGAGAGUGAGCAGCAGCAGCUUGAGGAAGAGCAGGCCUCGGCCCAGCUGGACUCUGACAGUCCCUGCUCCAUGCGCCUGUCGCCCCCCUCCAAAUCCAAGCUCGCCAAACGAAGACAGGGGGCCAGUCAGCAGAGAGGAGGGCCGGUGUGUGCCGCCGAGCUCUGUCAGCUCUUGGCCCCACUGGUCAUUGUAGGUGACUGCGCCUAAUCUCCCACCUCCGCCCCUCUCGAAUCUCUCCAAACUUCUUCGACCCUGGCACAUCACCUGCAGGCCCUAUCUUCAAGACCGGCCUCUCAGCAAUUACACAGAACCUGAAGGCUCUUGUCGGAGGAGCCUUCUACUGAUGCUUUAAGCACCUCCACAGAACAUUUAGUCACCAGACUUUUUAUCUUCCAUUCUCAGUUAUUGAGUGGGUAGUGCGGCUGAAGCCUGGGGUUGGAUGUAUGUUUGGGAGAUGAGGGUUUCCCUGGAUUCCACAGAGAAAUGCGGUGAUGAUGGAGAACUUUUCAAAUGAUCUUCAACACCAAAGGACUACCUGUAGUGCUGCUUCCAUGUGUGUAGAACUGGAUCCCACUGUGAACUUUAAAUUUUCAGUAACACUAUUGUUCAAAGCAUGAGGAAAAAUUUUGCUUUCCUUUUUGCCUUGCUGUAUUUGCAGGGACUAUCCCUGUUCUUGCAGAAUUUGUACUCUUUUGUAAUUUGCAACUUUUGCUUCUGUCUUGCCCCGUCAGAGAGAGGGGAGUUCCAGUGGCAGGUAUGCAGAUACUCACAUCUGACUGUAUGAAGGUGUUGCUGGGACUUUCAAAGCAACCAAAGCCUGAUAUGUAUCAGUCUCCCCAAAGACACACAAUUGUUUUGAAGUAUUCAAUACUCUGAAACAUUAACAAAUUCUUUGAAAUAGCAGGUGCGUGUACGAAAAGUCUCUGAAUUUUUAAAGAGCGGUCAGUUGCAGACUUGUGGGUUUUUUUGUUUUGUUUUGUUUUUUUUUUCCCUCUUAUUUUGAUUUGUGGCGAAAGUCUCAGCAACAAAUGUUAAAGUUCUGCCUGUUUUCAGUCAAUACCUCAGGACCUUUUAAAUGGAGAACUCCAAUGGAGAGACGCAAUGGCACAUCCAAAAGCAAAAAAAAUCCAUAAUUUUCUGAAAUUUCUUGAAGCAAGGAGUUGAUGUUUUAUAUCAAACUGAGUCUUAGUUUUGUGUUUGUUCUUCAUUGUCUCACACUGGAAAGUUUUGUGUUCACCACAGAGGCUUGACAGAACUGAAUCAUAUUUAAACAACCCCACGCUAGAUGUCUUGCGAGAUGAGAUCAGUUUGUCCAAAUAGCUUUAUUUCACCUCUCAGCUCUCACCUUCUCUGGUAGCUAUAUCACUUUGGAAUAUUAUUUUUUAAAAGUUUGUUUCAAGGCUCUGCAACAAACAAGAGGGGUGUUAACUGUAGAUGCAGUUGUGUUGACUCACCGUUUUUGAUAUUGUCCCCUUUUAGUUUCCUCUUUAUAAAAUGUCAUAGCAUUUCCACAGUCUAAUGUGUGGCACUUGGACCAAUCAGAGGUGCACUUAUUUUGAGUUAUGUCACUCAUAUUACAAGACUGGUAUGUUAAUGGCAUCUUGCCUUUUCAAUAAGCUUUAAAUUAUAACCACACAAUUCAGGUGGAAAAUCCUAGAUCAGGGAUGAUCUUGGUUUGUACAUGUGUAUGCAGACCUUAACUGGCACUUAAAUUAGUUUCUCGUCUCAAAGUUAGAAUAAAGGUUAAAUACUCCAGCAGUCUCUGUAGAGACAUGGGUUUUCAGAACUGCCGUAGUUUGGGCAAGUGAUCUGAGAGUUCAAAAAAAGAAUGUCACAUUCCAUGUGAGUUUCUUUUUUUCUUUUUUUUUUCUUUUUUUUUUCUUUAAGAAACAGCUCAGUAACAAAAUUCCUCAAAAUUUGUGUGCUCAUUUGUGUGCCACAUUGAACCUGUGUGUUCUGUGGGUGUGCUUUUUGUUUUUCUUUCU